CCGCUCAGAGAGAGUCACAGCUAUUGCCGGACGAGAUUAAAAAAAAAAAAAGUUGUCUAUUUUCUCUUCUUUCCCCAAACCCUAAAAAAGUACGCAGCUUUCCCCAGAUUCAUCGUUUCAAGAGAUGGCGGAGGAAGAGGUUGUUACUAUCCCUGCGACACCGGUCGAUCUCAAGCGCAAGCUCGACGAGGUUGAGCCUGAGCAACAUGCCGGCUUCGAUAAUGGCUCUAACGGAGAUAUAUUAGAUGAGAGCAAACCAGCUUCUGAUUCUUCUCAGGCUAAGCGAGCCAAGCUCCAAGAUGAUGAAACUCAAGAUGCUUUAGAUAAUGGGAAAACACAAGAAAAUGGUUCUUCAGUGGAGGUUAAAGAAGAAGAAGAGCUUCAAGAACCUAAGGAAGAGGAAACUGAGGAACCAAGUGUACACAAGGAUGAGAAUCAAGAUACUUUACCUCCUGUUGAGGAAGUUCAAGAUCCCAUUAAUGCUGAAGAGUCUGAAAAAAAUAAGACUUGUGGUGUAGAUCAGCCAGCAGUUGAAAGUACUGUAGAAGAAUGUAAUGGUGGUGAAUCUCAGAAAGAGGUUGAUGAAAGUAGUAAGGAAUUGAAUGAGAAGGAGAUUGGUGAAGAAGAAAAUAAGGAAUUGGGUGGUGAUAAUUCUCAGAAGGAGGUUGAUGUUACUCAUUCCACUACUCGUAGGAUUGAUGUCCCAAGUUCAAAGGUAGGUAUACUGAUUGGUAAAGGCGGGGAGACUAUACGGCAUCUUCAGUUUAACUCGGGUGCCAAAAUCCAAAUUUUGAGGGAUUCAGAAGCUGAUCCGAACUCUGCGCUAAGACCAGUUGAGAUCAUUGGAACUGUUGUAUGCAUUGAAAAUGCUGAGAAGCUUAUCAGUGCAGUCAUAGCAGAGGCCGAAGCAGGAGGUUCACCUGCCCUAGUUGCGAGGCGUCAUCUUGCCACUCAUGCGAUUGGGAUUCCAGAACAGAUAGAGAUUAAAGUUCCGAAUGAUAAGGUUGGUCUUAUUAUUGGCCGAGGUGGGGAGACAAUCAAAAACAUGCAGACAAGGUCUGGAGCACGUAUUCAGUUAAUACCUCAACAUGCGGAAGGUGAUGGUGAGAAGGAGAGGACUGUCCGUAUUUCUGGAGAUAAGAGGCAGAUUGACAUAGCAACGGACAUGAUAAAAGAAGUUAUGUAUCAGGAUGCAAGGCCAUCACCCUAUGCUAAUGCUGGUGGUUAUAAUCAGCCUCCCUACCGACCCCGAGGGCCUGGUGGUCCACCUCAAUGGGGUUCACGAGGUCCUUAUGCUCCCCACUCAAUGCCCUAUGAUUACCACAACCGUGGACCGUAUUCAUCUCAAGGUUCACAUUACAAUUCUCCCGGUUACGGUGGUUAUCCUCCACAGCAUAUGCCCCCUAGAGGUGGAUAUAAUACUGGUUGGGACCAAAGACCUCCACCUUCUGGUCCUUACGAUUAUUAUGGUAGACAAGGAGCUCAAACCUCUGGUCCAGUUCCACCUCCUGGCCAUGCACCUUCUCCUGCCUUGGGUGGUCCCCCUCCUUCCCAAGUAAGUUAUGGUUACGGUCAGAGUCACGGGCAAGAGUAUGGACAUGCUGCUCCUUACUCCCAGACCGGUCAUCAGCAGACUUAUGGGCAGAUGUAUGAACAGCCCAAGUAUGACAAUAAUCCUCCGAUGCAGCCUCCUUAUGGAGCUUCAUACCCACCAGUGGGUGGUGCUCAGCCAGGCUAUUCACAAAUGCAGCAACCUGGUGGUAGGCCUUAUGGUAUGCAACAAGGUCCAGUCCAGCAAGGAUAUGGGCCUCCACGGCCUGCAGCGGCAACUCCUUCCGGUGAUGUUCCUUACCAAGGUGCAACUCCAGCAGCAGCAGCACCGUUAUAUGGCAGUACCACUACCAACAUGGCUCCACAACAACAAUAUGGUUACACGUCAAGUGGUGGGCCAGUGCAACAGCAAGCAUACCCUUCCUAUAGCUCGGCUCCAUCUGACGGUUACAACAAUGGUACACAAACACCUGCAACUGGUCCAGCUUACCAGCAACAAAGUGUUCAGCCAACUUCUUCCACUCAUGACCUGCCUGGUGCACAGCAGGCUGGAGCAGCUGGAUAUGGUGGGCAAGUAGCUCCAACCAGUGGAUACAGUUCAUAUCCAUCCUCACAGCCCGCUUAUGGUACUGCUCAGACCCAAAACAGUGGAAACUAUGGUUACAACACAAGCUCUCAAGAUCCUAACUACGGAUAUGGUGCAGCACCGGGAAGCCAAACAGCUUAUUCACAAGCAGCAACUAAUCAAGCAGGAUAUGAGCAACAGCCUGCAACUCAACCUGCAGGGUAUGUGACUGCUCCAGGGAGCACACAAGUGAAUCAGUACGAUGCAAGCCAGGUGUACGCAGCUCCACGUUAAGAGAAUCAACCAAUGUUGCAAAGUUGCUAGACCUGCUGCACUCACGCAGCUGGAGUCUAAGACAGUUUCUUAUGAAAAGGUGGAUCUGAUUCGUCUCUGACUCCUUCACCUUGAAUGCUUUAUUGUAAUCCCUCUAUUAACCUUUAGAUGUUGAAAUGUUGUUGAACUGUUGCUGAUAGUUUAAGCUCUUAUAUUUAUUUUCGUUGGUCAUGCUUUAAAAGGAGA